CGCUCGCGCGGCCUCUCGAGCUCUGCGAUGAAGCGUGUUUUCUCACUGUUCGACAAGUCUUGGCUUGGAAAUCCAAUUCAGUAUUCCUGGCAAAAAUCCUCCGGGAAUUACCUGGCUGUAACAGGAGCUGAUCACAUUGUGAAAAUCUAUGAUCGCCAUGGUCAAAAAAGAAGUAAAAUUAAUUUGCCUGGUAACUGUGUUGCUAUGGAUUGGGAUAAAGAUGGAGACAUCCUAGCAGUGAUUGCUGAGACAUCCAGUGGCAUUUAUCUUUGGGAUGCCAACAAAAACAAAACCAGCCAGUUAGACAGUGGCCUGAGGGAUCAAAUGUCUUUCCUUCUUUGGUCAAAAGUUGGAAGUUACCUGGCUGUUGGAACUGUUAAAGGAAAUCUGCUUAUAUAUAACCAUCAGACUUCUCGAAAGAUUCCAGUUCUUGGAAAACAUACUAAGAAAAUCACAUGUGGCUGUUGGAACGCAGAAAAUGUGCUUGCUCUAGGUGGUGAAGACAAAUUGAUUACAGUUAGCAAUCAGGAAGGGGACACGAUAAGGCAGACGGCAUUGCGCUCAGAGCCGAGCAACAUGCAGUUUUCCACCAUGAGGACAGAUGACUGGACCUCCGCCUCUGAAAACACGAUAAGCGUGGUUGUUGGCAAGAAAAAUUUAUUUCUUUUCAAUCUAAAUGAACCAGAAAGCCCAAUUGACCUGGAAUUUCAGCCGCGCUAUGGCAACAUUGUCUGUUAUAGUUGGUAUGGUAAUGGCUACAUAAUGAUUGGUUUUACCCGUGGAACUUUUAUAGUUGUUUCCACACAUAUUCGAGAGAUUGGACAGGAGGUAAUUCAGACUUGUGACCAUAAAGAUAAUCUAACCAGUAUAGCAAUAUCACAGACCCUUAACAAAGCAGCUACAUGUGGUGACAACUGCAUUAAAAUCCAUGACUUGUCAGAAUUAAAAGACAUGUAUGCCAUCAUCAACUUGGAUGAUGAAAAUAAAGGCCUGGGCACCUUGUCCUGGACAGAUGAUGGCCAGUUACUGGCCCUGUCUACCCAGCGGGGCUCCCUGCACGUCUUCCUGACCAAGCUCCCCAUCCUUGGAGACACAUGCAGCACGCGGAUCGCCUACCUCACCUCCCUCCUGGAAGUCACUGUUGCCAACCCUGUUGAAGGAGAAUUCCCAAUCACGGUUUCUGUGGAUGUGGAACCCAACUUUGUGGCAGUGGGGCUCUUUCACCUGGCUGUGGGGAUGAAUAACCGAGCAUGGUUCUAUGUCCUUGGUGUGAAUGCCGUGAAAAGGUUGAAGGACAUGGAGUAUCUGGGCACGGUGGCCAGUAUCUGCCUUCAUUCUGAUUAUGCUGCUGCUCUUUUCGAAGGCAAAGUGCAGUUGCAUUUGAUAGAGAGUGAAAUCUUGGAUACUCAAGAAGAGCGGGAGACGAGGCUUUUCCCCGAGGUAGAUGACAAGUGCCGGAUUUUGUGUCAUGCUCUGACCGGGGACUUCCUCGUCUAUGGGACAGACACUGGUAUGAUUCAAUAUUUCUACAUUGAAGACUGGCAAUUUGUGAACGAUUAUCGACAUUCUGUCGGUGUGAAAAAGAUUUUCCCUGACCCAAAUGGGACUAGAUUAGUUUUCAUUGAUGAGAAAAGUGAAGGAUUUGUCUACUGUCCAGUUAAUGAUGCUACCUAUGAGAUUCCAGAUUUCCCCCCAACCUCUAAAGGCAUUCUUUGGGAAAACUGGCCCAUGGACAAAGGUGUCUUUAUCGCCUAUGAUGAUGAUAAAGUGAUUACUUACGUCUUUCACAAGGACACCAUACAAGGAUCCAAGGUCGUUUUGGUUGGCAGCAGCAAAGUUCCAUUCUCAAAUAAACCUUUGCUAUUGUACAAUGGAGAAUUGACCUGCCAGACCCAGAGUGGAAAAAUCAACAAUCUGUACCUGAGCACCCAUAGAUUCCUGGACAACAUCAAAGACAUGAAGCCUGAGGAGCUGCGAGAGAUGCUCGAGAAGACAAUCCUGCUUAAAAGGUUUUCAGAUGCCUGGGAUAUAUGCAAGAUUCUCAAUGAUCAAACUUCCUGGAAUGAGCUGGCCACGGCUUGCCUCCACCACAUGGAAGUGGAGUUUGCCAUUCGCGUGUAUCGGACAAUUGGAAACGUAGGCAUUGUCAUGUCCUUGGAACAAAUAAAGGGGAUUGAGGACUACAAUCUUUUAGCAGGGCAUCUUGCCAUGUUUACAAAUGAUUUCAACCUCGCUCAGGACCUGUACCUGGCAUCCAGCUGUCCUAUUGCUGCUCUGGAGAUGAGGAGAGACUUGCAGCACUGGGACAGCGCACUCCAGCUGGCCAAGCACUUGGCCCCGGAGCAGAUGCCAUUUAUAUCUAAAGAAUACGCUAUUCAGCUGGAGUUCAUGGGUGAUUAUAUAAAUGCUUUGGCUCAUUAUGAAAAAGGGAUAACAGGUGAUGAUAAGGAGCACGACGAAGUGUGUCUGGCGGGCGUGGCCCAGAUGUCCAUCAGGAUGGGCGACAUCCGGCGCGGUGUGAACCAGGCCCUCAAGCAUCCCAGCAGGGUCCUUAAAAGAGACUGCGGGGCCAUUCUGGAGAAUAUGAAGCAAUUUUCAGAAUCUGCCCAGCUGUAUGAGAAAGGCCAGUACUUCGACAAAGCUGCAUCUGUGUACAUCCGCAGCAAGAACUGGGUAAAAGUCGGAGAACUUCUACCUCAUGUUUCUUCUCCAAAGAUUCACUUGCAGUAUGCUAAAGCUAAAGAAGCAGAUGGAAGAUACAAAGAAGCUGUCUUGGCUUAUGAGACUGCAAAGCAAUGGAACAGUGUAAUCCGCAUCUACUUGGACCACCUCAAUAACCCAGAGAAGGCCAUCAGUAUCGUCAGAGAGACCCAGUCCCUGGAUGGAGCCAAAAUGGUAGCCAGGUUUUUCCUGCAAUUAGGUGACUAUGGGUCUGCCAUCCAAUUUCUUGUCAUGUCCAAAUGUUACACUGAAGCUUUCACACUGGCUCAGCAACACAACAAGAUGGAAAUCUAUGCAGACAUUAUUGGCUCUGAAGAUACGGCUAGUGAAGACUAUCAAAGCAUUGCCUUGUAUUUUGAAGGCGAGAAGAGAUAUUUUCAGGCCGGAAAGUUCUUCCUGCUGUGUGGCCAAUAUGCACGAGCACUUAAACAUUUCCUGAAAUGUCCAAGCUCAGAAGAGAAUAUGGCAAUAGAAAUGGCAAUUGAAACUGUUGGCCAGGCCAAAGAUGAUGUACUGACCAGUCAGCUGAUUGACCAUCUCAUGGGUGAGAGCGAUGACAUGCCCAAGGAUGCCAAGUACCUAUUCCGCCUCUACAUGGCGCUGAAGCAGUAUCGAGAGGCCGCCCGCACAGCCAUCAUCAUCGCCAGAGAGGAACAGUCAGCAGGAAACUACCGGAAUGCACACGACGUCCUUUUCAGUAUGUACUCAGAGCUGAAAUCCCAGAAGAUCAAAAUCCCGUCUGAGAUGGCCACCAACCUCAUGAUUCUACACAGCUACAGACUUGUAAAGAUCCACGUGAAAAGUGGGGACCACAUGAAAGGGGCGCGCAUGCUCAUCCGGGUGGCCAACAACAUCAGCAAGUUUCCAUCACACAUUGUGCCCAUCCUGACGUCCACGGUGAUCGAGUGCCACAGAGCUGGCUUGAGGAACUCUGCAUUCGUCUUUGCAGCUAUGCUGAUGAGGCCGGAGCACCGCAACAAAAUAGACGCCAAGUACAAAAAGAAGAUCGAAGCCAUGGUUAGGAGACCUGACACUUCAGAGACAGAAGAGGUCACCACCCCGUGUCCAUUCUGUGACUUUCUCCUCCCGGAAUGUGGUCUCCUCUGCCCCGGAUGUAAAAACAACAUCCCAUACUGCAUUGCAACAGGUCGUCACAUGGUGAAGAAUGACUGGACUGUGUGUCCCCACUGUGAUUUCCCUGCACUGUACUCAGAACUGAAAAGCAUGCUUAACACCGAGAGCACGUGUCCCAUGUGCUCUGAGAGACUCAAGCCCACACAGCUGAAGAGGGUCUUGGACUGUGCCCCGUACCUGAAAGCAGAGGUGGAGCAGUAGGAUGCCCAGAUAAAAUGUCCCUCAGAAGAGAGCAUUUUCCCAUAACAGACUGUGUUUCUAACCUGGGUGGACUUAGAGAUGGUCCUUUCUGGAUACAGAAAAAUGAAGACACCCUCUCUACGUCACGGCUUGCAAGUUUUACAGCUUGGGACACGUAACCUGCUGUUGUCUUCUGUAUAUUUUAGUCUUCAAAAUCUUACAGUCUACAUGCUGUACUACUUAUAGUAACCUAUUAAAUAUUGUAAAUAUUAAGCUUUUUGAUAAUUUUUAUAUUUUGAAAUAUUUCCUUUAAAAUAAAAUUGUUGGCUAGAUAUA